GCUGUAGUAAACAGUUUUUAAUGUCAUGUGCCAUUUAGUGUAGUUUUUGGGAUAAAUGUUCGAGAAAAUGAUGAAUUUCGCUGAAGAAAUAUUACAGAAAUAGGCUGGACCCACCCGCGCUGAGUACAGCUGCCGGCGGAUGCGCGAUGGACAGUAGCAGACGCUUGCAGCAGUUGCAGCAGGCAAAUUCUCACCUUGCCCCUCUGUCUGCUCCCCAACUCGCUCCAACCAAUGCAAUCGAUUAUCGACCGAGGUCACCACUGUUCCCACAAAUAUCGUCACAGACGUACAACAAUAGCGAUGGGUGCAAAACGCCGCUGCUACAGCAGUAUCCGCAGGAUGUAUAUGAACGUCGAUACGAAGAAUACGAGCGUUCAAUGGCCGCUGCUCCACUACUUCUAAAGCAGCAGCCGCAUCAUCAUCACCAUGAAAAUGAUCAACAACAGCAACAACUGCAGCAGCAUCCAUACCAAGCUGCACCAAUGAUGAGAGCGCCGUCGCAACAAUUUCAUCAACAUCAGAUGUAUCAACAGUUUCCAAAUCACCAACAUAACCACAACCACAAUCUUUCUCAACAUAAUGCUCUUCCCCCUCAGCCCCCUUUAUCUCCGCCACCUACAACGCAGUCUCUCUUACCUAACUCAACGUCAAAUUCCUCAAUCUCAUCUCGAUCCCAUCAACAACCGCUGUUACUUCAAGAGCAAUACCGCCAACUUCAGAGGGCCAGAACUCAGCAAAGAAUAGAAUGUCAAGCACGUGCUGCACUGAAUCAGCAGCGCACAUUUGCAGCGAGACAGGCGGCUUUAGCAGCCGCUUCUGGUAACCCAGCGAUUGCCUGCGCCAGCCCAGUUCCCAGUGUUGUUGUAAGCGUAACUCCGGUUAGUAAUAGCGGGACUGGUGUUGGCAACAGAGUGCAAGGCGAAGAUGGAUUCGAUGUUUCUACGCCUGGCGCUAGAAAACCAUCAGGAAUAGAUUCUCAUCAUUCUGACAAUCAAAAUUACAUGCCUCCCCAAAAUCAUAGAAGACCAGAUGGCGCACAACAAGAAAAUCCAAUGUUUUCUGCUCAGUCUAACAGGAGAGUGCCAGGGGUGGACAAUUCUCAACAAAAUAUGUACCCAAAUAAUAGAAGACCAGGUUUGGAAAAUGCCCAACAAGAUAAUCAACAAUAUCCUAGAAGUGCACAAAUUGAUUUUAAUCAAAGAAGGCAAAUGGAAAAUAUGCAGCAGGAUAAUAAUGCACUAAAUUAUAUGAGGAGGACAGGCGCAGAAGACAAUCAAAUUUUUAUGCCAAAUAGAAGGCAAGAUAAUCAGGAAAAUCAUGGGCAAGUUAUUAGGCGAACUACCGAUGAUGCUAACGCUCCGGUUGUGCCGCCUGGUAUCAGAAAGGUUGACGGAUCAGAGAAUCAGAAAGUGACUGGUAGCAACAAUUGUAGAGACAACGUUCGCAGUCCUGUUACUGUAAUGCAACCCCCUCCUAUAUCGGCGAGCAAUUCCAGGCGAGAAGUUUUACCUCCUAAUGCAUCAUCAGUGGCAACUCGAGAACGAAUGCAAAGCCCUGUGCCAACAAUAAACAUUUCGCAACAACAAGCACCUCAAGUACCCCCAAAACCAUCUGCUCAAACUGCAAGACAAGCACAACAUAAUUUGUAUGUGCAACCUCAUCCUAACAAUGGUGAUCAAUCGAUUAUUAGUCCAAUUGGCAGCCCUGGAGCACCAAACUAUGCUAGCAGCCCCGCUAAUCAGACACAGAAUAGUCCACAGAAAUAUAGCCAGGGAAAUCUUUACAGUCAAGGUCCGACUGUUAACAAUCAACAACAGCAAUAUUAUAAUCAGCAAGGAAAUGUAAACUUACAACACAGCCAAGUCAAUCAAAGUAAUCAACCUGUUAACUCAAAUCCAUUUUAUCAAUCUAACCAGCCUUCAGGCCAAUCAAAUGAACAAAUAAGUUCUCAGCCUUCAACUCCUUAUCACCAACCACUUACUCAACCACAAAGAUCGAAAAGCAUUGCUAGCAGUAUAACAAGUAGUAUUUCUUCAAAUAGCAUUAUGGUUAGAGGUCCAAUAGCCAGGAGACCUAUGGAUAGUGUAGUGACAAUUUCUGGAUGGCUACACAAGCAAGGUUGCGAUGGCUUAAAAGUAUGGAGAAAGCGGUGGUUUGUUUUGACCGAUUACUGUUUAUUUUAUUACAAGGGACAAGAAGAAGAGAAACUUCUAGGCUCUAUAUUAUUGCCAUCUUACACUGUUUCAAUAUGUACACCUGAUGAAAAGCACCAUCGCAGAAACUCCUUCAAAUGCGAGCAUGCCAAUAUGAGAACUUAUGUUCUGGCUGCUGAUACACCUGAAGCUAUGGCGUUAUGGGUUCGAGCUUUAAGAGAUGCAUGCACAAUGCAAUGUGAUGAAAGCUCGCACCAAUCGCAACCAUCAGUAUCUAACAGUGAUACUUCAACUUCACUUCAGCAGCAGGCAAUUAGUGCACCUGUACCACAGGUAUUGAAUCAACAGCAACAACAGCAUAUGAUAAGUCAACAGCAACAACAACAAAUAUUGAAUCAACAGCAGCAAAUGUUGAAUCAACAGCAACCUCUUUAUGCAAAUGCACCCCAUAGGGUGAGAUCUCCUAAUGAACCCCAAUGCUAUUCACCUGUGCAUGGCGGUCAAGAAAGGUAUGAUGAAUCAGCCUAUGGCGCUAGACCCCAAUCAAGGAGAAUGCAUCAGGAGAUGGCUCGUUCUCCAAUACCUUCUGAUGCAAUUUAUGAGACACAGCAGCAAUUACAGGGACGGUUAUUGCAACAACAACAAAAUAUGGCACCUAAUGUUUCCAAUUUACAUCCAGGAUUUAGUCACUCAUACACAAUGGAUCAUAAUGCACAGAAACAACACCAAGCCUUCUUAUCAUCUCAGAGGCAAAAUGCAUAUAGCAAAACCAUGCCUGCUCCAGGGCAUGGUCCUGUUAGAGAGCUCAGGUCACCUUAUGAUAUGGAGUCAUCCUAUAUGCCUGAAAAUACUGAGAAUAUAAUUAGAGCUCCAAGAAGAUUCCAGAAUCCCAAUGAAGAAUAUGAACAAUAUACUCAACAGAAUGUAACAAACGCAGCUCAAACUUCUCAGUUGAGAACUGUGCAAAAAUCUAAUGAAAGGAGAACACCUGAUACUUACGGUAGAUCUAGGCAUGCCAGACAGCAAUAUGCAGCAUCAAUAAAUGCUGCCAAUGCCAUGGCUGUAACAGGAUGUCAAAUAGAUGCUGAAACUAGUGCAAUGCAGCAGUCCGCACCCAGCAAUGCUGGUGACUAUGAAGAUUUAUAUAAUGGGUACAAAAGACCUAUGAGUCCGGCACCAAAUUCACCUACUUCUUCAACUGGUCUUGGUAAUUUGAAUCCCCAAAGCAGGGCCGAACUUGAAAGGAGAGGCAUUAUUUUACCUCAUGGGUAUAAUGAUGAACAGUCAGCAGCUCCUGUUCAAUUGCGUCAUAAACAAAACAAACGCCAAUUAAAUGCUCAAUCCCAAAAUCCUUACCAAACAAGACGGAAUGUAAUCCCAAGGCCUCACAGCGCCGAUUUCCUUGAGUAUGAAACGAAAGCGUCUUCUAAUCAAAAUUCAACUAUGUCUGCUACUUCAGCUCAUAACAUCAACCAGAACUCCAUUCCAGUAAAUAAUAAUGCUAUCUCUGGAGGCGAUUACGGUAGUAGUAACCGCAGUGCCAGAGAUCGUUUAAUGAGGCAAAGGCCGAAGAGCAGUCUUGACAUGCCCAUUGGAGACCAGAUGUACUACUCAGAAAAAAGUUAUGCAGAGAUGAUGCGACAGAGUGCGCUUUAUGUGGAUGCUGUAAAGAGUGGUGGUAUUGAUGGAGCAAAUAGGCAGAGAAUUUUAGGGGGAGGGAGGAUGUAUGAAGAUAAUAAUGCGGGUAAUGAAAUACCUAAUAAGUCACAUUCAAUACAUCUUAGCAAUGAUGUGCAGAACUAUGAUGAAGAAAUUCGUGAAAUGUCUCAUUAUUCACAAAAUCGAGAUUUUGUGAACAGUUACAGUGUGCCUAGACAAGGCAGGGAUCAGCAUAUAGAUGGGUCCAACCAAUUUGCCAGGUCAGCGAGUGCUAGGUUAUUCCGUAACAACAAAGAUCAGGAUGAACCUUUAGAGCAAGGUGCCAAAAAGGUGCAACAGCGUGAAGAAUCUAUGAAACGUCUAUUGGAGUGGAAGCAGCGCAUGCUGCAAGCACCUCUCAGCCGCAGCACUACAGGAGUGAUUGAUGCAGGUUCUGCCACUGCUAUGAACCCUUCAAGUAAUGUCAAUAGAACAAUGUCACCAGCUCCAAUGAUCUCAGAUAGUAAUGGGGGAUUGAAUUCUACGAAACAAAGGCAAAGCAGUUAUAACAGUUAUUCGUCGGAUGAUGAAGAUGGAUGGCAGGCAGGAAGCACGAGUAGUCCCCUCACUACCACCACCACUAGCACAAAUCACCACCAAUCUACUUCAACAAAUAAUAAACCGCCGAAGCCACCGGGCGAUAAUAGAUCGCGCGCCGCCAAUAAACCGCCAGCCGAGACGCACCUAAAAACUCCAUUGAAAAAGUUCGGAAGCGUUUCCGAACAUCCGCCGCCGCCGUCGCCGUCGCCGUCUUGUACGGUUUGCGUCGAUUCAAACGCCGCCGGACCGUUGUGUACCGCUUGCUGCGGCACCGGCAAAGCGUUAACGAACGAUACCAAAUCAGAUAAUAAUAACGAAACUGUUGCAUCGCGUUGUAGAUUAUUCGAUGAAUCUGUAGUUUCGGCCAAAAGGCGUAGUAGCGAUAACUUACCGCCAAGAACUUCCCGUGACGGCGUUUCCGGCGAUAAGCCGCCGUCUCGAACUAAUUCUUAUGCAUCAGAUAAGAGUAGCAUUUCAGUAACUGAUGGCAAAUCACACGUAUACCCUGAUGAUGUCUUUAAUACUAAUAAAGAAUUACAAUUCGCCACCGGGCAAACGCCGCGUAAAAGCCAUGAAUUAAAAAAAUUACCAAAACAAGAAGUUAACCAAAAUAAAGCAUUAAACAUUCACUACGUUCCUGUGUACACGCAAAAUAGCCGUAUGUCUAAGAAAUCAAAUGCGGCAGAGUUUGAUACAAAGACUACUUCACUAAUAACACUUAAUGUUCAAGAUGAAAGCAUUUCUACAUUACUGAAGAUGCAAAGCGGCAGCUUUGAUUUAUCAAAUAAUGUACAAAGUAAAGACGUGGAAGAUGAUCAAAAUGAAACCACAUACACUGACGGAGAUAUCGAUGAAAUUUUAGGAAAUGAUACAGACGUUACACCAACUGGUGAUGGAUCUCUAGAGAAGCAAGAUGACGUACAUUGUCUUACUCCUGUAAUGGCUGAGGAUCAUUAUUUACCAAUGAGUCCCAGGAAAAGUACAGAGUCCACACAGCUAACAGAAAGUUUGAAAAAUUUAGCUUUGUCAGAUACUGAGGAAAGUCCUUAUGUUGAAAUGACACAAGGUUUGAGUAAUAGCUCUACCCUAUAUGGCUCUUUAGACCGUGAUAAUAGUUUCGGUGAUACACCUUACGAAAUGAUGGUAGCAACAAGUAAACUUGAACCAGUCUAUAUGGAAUUAUGUCAAUUAAAAACUGGCGAAAAGAAACCGGAAAUUAUUAAGAACUCCAAAACUACUAAAAAAGUUCAAGUGAAAAAAUAUCAUGAUAUUAAAACUAUCAAAAAGCAUAAUAAUGAAUAUUUCAAGACGCGCGGGGAAUUACCCGAUAUUCUCAAAGCUUCACAUCAAAAUACUAUUCUCUCAGAUAGUUCCGACGCGGAUGAUGAGGCAUCCAGAGAUUUAGAUAGCCUAGAUACGCCAUGCCAUCCUAGAUUCAGCUUAUCCGAUACUUUUAGACCAGCCUCAUAUUAUUUAGGCGUAUCCCAAAAUGAAUUUCCAGAUAGUUCUGAUAGCGAAAUAGUAUCACCACCUCCUAUUCCUAAAUCUCUACCACCAAAUGAGGAUUUGAGCUCAAACUCCAGUAUAAAUUUGAGUAGAGAAUAUUGCUCUGACGCAGAUUUGCAUUCAAAACAAUCUCACAAAACUAGUCGAAGCAGUUUGCAGGAGCCUAUGGUUAGUAAUAAAUUGAAAUGGAGCAGCGGAGACAUUGACUACACUUGCCUAAGUCGUUAUAGUGUGGACAACAAGUUAUAUAUAGAAGGCGUUAAGAAGCAUGAUGAUUCCAGAACUACAAGCGAUACAGACGAUGCUGUAGGUUCAGAUCAUGAAGCUAAUAGACUAAAACGAAGACCCUUAAGCGAAGAAAAUGUUAGUGAGAUCACGUCCAUCCACAGUACAUUUGAUGAAAUUAUAGAAUCUGUAGACCUGGAUCAAUAUCUGAAGGAUCUUCAAAAUAAUGAGUUUAUGUAUGGAAAAGAAAUGUAUCCAGCACCGUUUGGGUGGCGUGAUAACGAACAAAGUAUAGCACAAGUACCUGAUGAGCAGUAUUAUGAAAACUUAGAAAUUAGAAAUACAGAUCUCUCUACAAAUAGUCAAGGGGUCUUUUAUGACUCUCUAGAGGAAAGAGAUGAUACGAACUCUAAGAGUCAUGUGGUAUCUUUGAGAGAAAAGAAUUUAUCUCUACAUGAUGCAAACUGCGGUGAUAGAGAUAGAACUGAUUGUGAAACAGAUGUAAGAUCGUCUUUAAGUCAUUUGGAUUUGCAACAAGCAACACCUUUACAUAGCCGAAAUAAUAGUAAUAUUUCAGAACAAUCUGCUCCAUAUUAUUAUUCCGAUAUUGCUUCUAGGAUGAGUUCCAAUCAAGAUGUGGCGUCGCCUCAUAGCGAUAAGAGUAAACAAAUAGAAUGUUCUACAAGCGAUCAUCUUAUGGAAGAAAGUAGAUGCGCUUCAAUGGAAUUUUUAAACAAACAUGACAACGUUGACAAACGCAAUAUUUACGAAAGUGAUACUUUAAAACGCAUUAAAUCUGCUAAAGAAGAUUCUACGAGUUUGUUUUUAAAGCACGAUAAGUGCGUAGUACAAGCACAUGAUCAAGGGUUUCAUUUGCAUACUGUAGAUUCGUUUCAAACUUCAUCCUCAAUAGUGGAUAUGUUGUUACAAAGCGUAGGCAGGGAAAAUUUAAUACAACCUCAAGACGAAGGAGAUGUUCCUUGGGAAGAGGAUGCUAUAUGGAGGGAAAGUUUGAGACGGGAAAGUUUAAGACGCGUCAGUGUAAGACACGCUAGAUCUUUGGACGAUCUUGACGGACUUGUCGAUCAAAAGGACUCAAAGCAAAAUAAAACAAAGUCGAGAUUAUCUCGAGGAGUUACUUAUGUCAAUGAUAGCUUAGCUACAAGCAGAAACAAAAGGACUAGGUGUUCCUCAGGUGUUAUUGAGGACGAGUAUGUCCAACUUGCUGUUAACAACGUUAGCGAUGAUGGAGUUUAUGAAACUUUACAAAACCGUCAUAACAAUUUAAAAAGCUUUGAUUAUGUAGAUAGAGAGAAAUUGAGGCAAUGGGAUUGGAUGUCGAGUGGUUUAGUGAAGAAUGACGCUAUUGGGGCGUCCAAAACUGGCGGUAAUACAAUUGGCGGCGGCGCGUCCGAUGAUAAAUCGGUGGCUUUGGCGGAACGGAAAGGUGAAACACAGUUAUCACCGGAUGGGCUCCUUGAAGCGUCUCUCACCAACAAAUUAGGGGUAUACCCAAAAGCAUCAACGCUACCAAUGCGUGCGGUCAGCCCUAGAUUAAGACUAAGUCAAGAAACUUUAUUACAAACGGAUAAAUAUACACAAAAACUUAAUGGAAAUGAAUAUUCAACAACAAAAACUGAUUACGACAAAUAUUAUUCGAGAAAUUUAUAUGACAGCGAUCUGAUAAACUCAGAUCCAAAUAGUGGUAAAUUUAUGUACAAGGAAGAUCAAGACAGGUACGGUAGUAAACAGGGAUUAAUAAGGGACUACGACGCCGAAUAUGGUUCCAGGGAAAUGUUUGUAGACGCAGAAUAUGGUUCCAGGGAUAAUUUAUUGGGCACAAAUCAUGGAGAGUAUGAUAGUAAUUAUUUGAGCAGAACUGGCGAAGAUUGGUCGAGACUGAGAAGAUCAGGAAGUCAAGUCGAUGAUCUCAACUUUAUUGAUCGGGACCAGAUAAAUAGGCAUUUAAAUGUAUCUGCUGGUGAUUUGUUGGGGCGUACACAUGAGGAAUUAGUUCUUCUGUUGAUUCAAUUGAGGAGACAAAAUGCAGCAACAGCAAGAGCGGUCGAGCAGUGUUGCAGUAAAAUACAUCAAUAUCAGAGUCGUCUCGGAAAAUCGAUCGACGAUUCCAAGCAGCGUGAAGAAAACUUGAAAAUAAACGCUCUAAAACACCAUUUGCUCGAGCUGGAGAAGCAGUACGAGAAAGGUAAACCCUUGGUCAAUCUAGUGGACAAUAUGGUCAAGCUGGGAGCUCUUUAUAAAGGAAAUGCUAAACCGACAAACCAACGACAUAAUGGCGGUUAUUUGAAUGAUAAAUUGGAGUUUAAUCAGAGGCGAGAAAGAAGGCUGAUGAAAGAAGAACAAAAAUAUUGGGAUAGUGCUAACGUGGAUGAGCAGCAAUUGCAAAUGCGGCAACUUCAAGAGUAUAGCGACCAACUUCGCGAGCAAUCAAAUACUUUACAAGGACUACGCAAAGAUGAAGAAUCGCUUCGAGGGGCUUUGGCAAGCUUAAAGACACGUAUGCAUACUAUGAAUUCUGCUGCUGGGAGAGCCGAGUUGCUGGAAAAAGCCAGGGAACAAGAGAGGGCUUUGGAACGAGAACUGACUAAAGUUCGGGAGCUCUUAGUGAAUAAUUCCAAGAAAUUAGAAAAUACGUUGUCCGCGAACUCAAGAGCUGAAGAUGAGUUACGAGUAAUGACUCACAGAUUUCAAGAAUCCAAAACCAAUAACGGUUCUCAACAGCAACUAUUGUUUAUGGGUAACAUGAAUAGCAACACUAAUGGAACUAGCAACAAUCAAACUGAUAGUGUGCCCUAUGCUGGAGGAGCAACAGCCUUACUUGAAUCGGAACUAAGGCGUGUGCAAGAAGUAGUCGGUGACAUCCAAAGACAGAGACAAGAAUUGAGUUUAGCUGUACGUGAGUUGACAGAUAGAUCACAAUAUGUUGAUAGAGAUGUCUUGCCUAAACAGACUUUAACAUCAAAUGCAUCUAUAAAGAAGCGGCCUCAAGCUACAUGGCUAGAAACGGACCUAGAUUUGAUGAUUACAUUGGAACAUGGUAUCAAUAUCGAAAGCGAUGAACAAACAAAAAAUAAUUUAUACAAGAACAUGAUAAACAAUACAACGUCAAAUAAUGGCUGCAAUUUAAAUGUUGAGAGUAGAAAUGUGGAGGAUGAUGAAGAUAGUGGUUCUGAAAACAAAGCUUUGGGAGCCCUGAAUGCAAAUUCUCAGGAGAGAUCGGAAGUAAAAACUGUGCGGAUCGUAAAACGAGAAAGUGAACGAAGACACCGAGAUCGAAAUGAAAAAACUCAAUCAUGGAAUUACACAAGUAAUUUGGAUCAUGUUAUGGAAGAAGAAACAAAUCGUCCUAAGUCUGUUUUUGAAAAUGAUUUAACAUCAAUAUCAUCCUCGAACCAGCAACGACCUUACUCAUACGCACAACAAUACAGUCGCAAUGCAAUAAAUAAUUCCAACUAUCCCUCGAAUGCAUCAACCAGUUUUCUCGGUGUUUCCAAUAACAUAUACACAUCCAAUAAUUAUUCAUCAGACAAUUUAUCAUCUAGAGAUCUACUAAACGAAAAUAAUUUGAUACUUAGUAAAUAUAUUCCGCGGACCAUUUCUCAUCAUCACAAAAUUUGUAUGGAAAAUCGGAAUUUCCUUCUUCGCAGAAUUUGUAUGGAUCUCGUGAUCUCAAGAAUUUUGUCAAAAUGUGAAUCCAUUGUUAGCCUUAGCAAAUCUGCUGAAUUGUCACCAGUUUUCCAUAGUCAAGCAGCUAAAGACAUAAUAAGUACGAUCAAUAUCAAUGAUGUGAAAACUGAAGAUAAAUAA